AGACAAGUAGGGCCAUUAUUCUUUGAGACACCACGGAAAAUUCAGAUCUUUGGAAUUUGUAUGGAGGGAGCAGGAUCUCAGCGAAAUUAUUUGAUUGAUGAAGACCAGACCAUUGGAAGAGAUGGAAAGAAUGCCCAUGGGCCAAAUACAGUCAUCAGCAUGCUUCAUCACCAUUUUCAAAAUUAUAGCAUGGGAGAGAAAUGUGCUGUUUUUCACUGUGAUAACUGUCCAGGUCAAAACAAAAACCGGUAUGUGAUUGGAUAUUUGCUAUGGCGGGUCAUGAUUGGGCUACAUCGAGCAAUUGAACUUCACAUGCAGAUACCAGGGCAUACAAAAUGUCAAGUGGAUGCAGGCUUUGCUCAGAUCAAAAAGAAGUACAGGAGAUCAGAUUGUGACACUCUACAGCAUGUUGCUGACGUAGUCUCCAAGUCCUCCAAAAGUAACGAGGCUGUGAUAAUAGAGGAUGGAAAUGUGAAAUACUAUGAAUGGAAAGAGUAUAUAAAAACAACUUUUCAGCCUUUGAAAGGGAUACGCAAGUUUCAUCACUUCACUUUUUCAGCACUGCUGCCUGGAGUUGUAUUAUGCAGCGUUGAUGUAGAUGGCGACAAGGUCCCAGUAAUCCUCAGUAAUCACGACCAAAUCAGUGUAAAUCUACCACCAGAGAUAAUGCCGGGCGGACUCAGUAGAGAACGACAGGAAUAUUUAUACAAACAUAUCAGACCUCAUGUCCGGGAAUGUUUCAGGGACACAACAUGUCCAGAAUUUCAUGAAGAAUAAGUGAAAGUUUCAAUUGUUUCCGACAAUGAUUAACGUCAUUUCAUCGUCAUUUUUUGUAACGUCAUUGAAAUAUUAUCUUAACCUUUGACAGCCUAUAUCUCAGUAAAUAUGCUGAAUAUUUGACCCAAACUUCACAUGUGUCUUUUUAAUGUUGUUUUCAUCACUAAUAUUUAUCUGUUACAGGUAUCUCGUCUAUUGGCAAUAUGUCACAGAUCAAGCCAAGAUGUGAAAUAAAACUACGACCAAGAAGUGUUUCUUCUGCAUUUGCAUUUACUUUAUCAUUUUUCUAAAAAAAAAAAAAAAAAAAAAAAAAAGAAGAAAAGAAAAGAAAAAGGAUAGAGGGAUAAAGAAAAAAAGCCCAGUUAAAAUGAGUAAUCAAUGUACAUAUUCUUGGAAGUGAUAGGACAUUUUUAUAAUUUAAUUCCAGUGCUCAACAAUAUUUAUAUUCAUAUACGUAUAUUUUAUAUUAUUCAAGCAUGUCAAAUAAAAUUUCAUAAAUUGU